AUGAGCUACAAUCACAGAGAAAUUCCAGUUACUGAUGGAACAAUUACUAGGACUGGCUUGCAUAACAAUAGCAACAACCCUUAUGUUCAUCUUUCUCCUGCUAACCCUAACCCUGCUCCUGCUGCUGCCAACCAUCCAAAUCCAAUGGAUAAAAUAAGUGGUGCACUAAAUAACUGUAGUAAGAAGGUUGAAGAAGCAGGUAGACAUGCUGAGAGCAUGGUUACCAAUAUUUGGAACCAUGUGAGAAUGAGUUCUAGUCCAGUUGAUACUGCAAUGGCUAGACUAGUUCAGGGAACAAAACUGAUUGCAAAUGGAGGGUCUGAUAAGCUAUUUCAGCAAACAUUUGGGGCUAUCCAAGGAGAGAAACUGUUAAAGCAACAUGUUUGUUACAUAUCAAAAAUCUCAGGACCUGUGAUAGGAACACUUUAUAUAACAAACAAAAGGUUGGCAUUUUGCAGUGACUAUCCACUCUGUCACUAUCCAUUCUCCUUGCAGCACCAAUGUAUCUACUAUAAGGUGGUAAUGCAGCUGGAUCAGCUGAGAGCAGUUAGUCCUUCAACAAAUAUAUUUAACUCAAAAGAAAAAUACAUCGAGAUUGUGACAGUGGAUGGUUACGAGUUCUUUUUUAUGGGGUUUGUGUCAUAUGACAAGGCUCUCAAAACUCUGAAUGAGGUUCUACACCAAUAUGGUGACCGAUCUUCCAGCGACAAGUUUAAUUGUCAAGUGUUUUGA